AUGGUACGCUCCGGUUGCUCCAUCUCGGUUUGGCGUGAUCCAUGGUUACUGGAUAUUCGUCCAAGAUCGGCGAAUGGCCGGGGGAGAUUGUGGCUCCCGGGUUUGAUUGUUAAUCAUUUAAUUAACCCAGUUACAAAGGAUUGGCAUCUGCCUAUUCUUGAGGAGUUUUUUGAUCCGGUGGAUAUACAACUUAUUCGGAGUAUGCCGGUAAGUAGAACUUAUCAACCGAAUAGACUAAUAUGGCACUUUACUAAGUCCGGGAAGUAUUCGGUUAAAUCAGGAUACCGGUUGGCCCGGGAAUUAAUCACGGAUGUAGAGUAUGGGCUGACGUGUAUGGCUUUGCGGGCACAGUCGUGGAAACUAGAUGUACCCUCGAAGAUCCAACACUUUUUUUGGCAGAUUGGCUCUGGUACUCUUCCCGUGUUAGAACGUCUUGCGCAUCGGGGUAUUCGCUGUGAUACCUCAUGUAAGCGAUGUGCUUCUGCAGUGGAGACUAUAAACCAUGCACUCUUUGAGUGUCCUUGGUCUCGAGGUAUUUGGGAGAUGUCCCCUGUUUUGUUAGAUCCGGGAGGUUUUCCAUAUACAUCGAUAUAUGCGAAUUUAGAUUUCAUAUUCUGGCGGGUGUCUUCACAAUCUGGGGUUUCGGAUAUAGCCCUUUAUCUCCUUAGGAUUGUUUGGUCAAUUUGGAAAGAUAGGAAUAAAAAGGUUCUCCAGGGUAUAGAUCUAGAGCCAAUUGAUAUUUUGAAUCAAGCGGCUAAUGAUAAAUUAUUGUGGGAGGAGGCCAAAUCUUACUCAGUGAGAUACCUGUAUCCUCCGCCUUUAUCGGAGGACAGGGGUUCCUUUCCCCGAUGUCAAGUUGAUGGUUCUUGGAAAGGUACGAAUCUUUUUCAGGGUCUGGGCUGGUGGUGUUGCAGUGGAGAGGAUUCAACGCUUCUGUUGGGAGCACGGAGUCACCGACGAAGCAUCUCCCCUUUACAUGCGGAAUUACAAGCGCUGAUCUGGGCUAUGGAGUCUUUACUGGUGGCUGGAGUCGAUUGCCAGGCUUUUGAGACGGAUUGUGCAGAGCUAGUUGCGAUGGUGCAGACGCCGGAUGAUUGGCGCGCUUUUUCUAACCUGCUGGAGGAUCUCUCUUUGCUUCGAACUCCUUCACCCUCACCAGGGUUCCACGAGACGUCAACGCAAGGGCUGAUUGUCUUGCUCGAUCUUCAAGAUCUUUAA